UUGUGUGCGUGCGCGCUGUAAAGAUACUGUGACCCGGUAGUAUUAACAGACACUGAAUUAGGAUUAUUACAUUUCCUGGACUGUGUCCUAUUCUAUUUUAAAAUUUGCUUUUGAUAGAUAACGUUUUUCUUGUUUAGUCAUGUCGGUUGCGUUUGCAGCUCCGAGGCAGCGGGGGAAGGGUGAGAUAACGCCAGCCGCCAUACAGAAGAUGCUGGAUGAAAAUAAUCAUCUAAUUCAGUGUAUAAUGGAUUAUCAGAACAAAGGAAAGGCUUCUGAAUGUUCACAGUAUCAGCAGAUGUUACAUACCAAUUUGGUCUAUCUAGCCACAAUAGCAGACUCCAAUCAAAAUAUGCAGCCUUUAUUACCAGCAUUACCAACACAGAAUAUGCCUAUGGGUCCAGCAGGUAUGAGUCCUAGUGGCCCUCAACAACCACCUCGCUCUCACAACAUGCCUUCUGAAGGAAUGGUAGGAGGGGGUCCAUCUGCACCGCACAUGCAGAACCAGAUGAACGGCCAGAUGACUGGACCAAACCAUAUGCCCCUGCAAGGACCAGGACCUAAUCAACACAACAUGCCAAACAGUUCAAUGAACAUGCCUUCUAGUAAUCAUGGGUCUAUGGGAGGAUAUAACCAUUCAGUUCCAUCCUCUCAAAACAUACCAGCUCAAAAUCAGAUGACCAUGAGUCAAGGACAGUCUAUGGGUAGCUAUGCCCCACGACCGAACAUGAACAUGCAGACUAACCAAGGUCCUAUGAUGCACCAGCAGCCUCCCUCACAGCAGUACAACAUGCCUCAGGGUGGUGUGCAGCAUUACCAAGGACAGCAGCCACCCAUUGCAAUGAUGGGCCAGGUUAACCAAGGAAAUCACAUGAUGGGUCAAAGGCAAAUUCCUCCAUACAGACCACCUCAGCAAGGAAAUUCACAGUAUCCUCCUCAACAGGACACAUAUCAAGGUCCACCACAGCAGCAAGGCUACCCACAGCAGCAGCAGCAGCAACAACAGCAGCAGCAACAGUAUAGUGGCCAGCAAGGUUAUCCUGGCCAGCAGCAGGGUUAUGGACCUUCACAGAGCGGUCCUGGACCUCAGUACGCAAACUACCCCCAGGGACAAGGACAGCAGUAUGUGCCAUACAGACCAACACAACCAGGACCUCCACAGCCACAACAACAGAGACCUUAUGGAUAUGAUCAGAGUCAGUAUGGGAACUACCAGCAGUGAAGACUGUGUUCCUGGUGCCAAUACCUUUUAGCUGUUAUGUUUCCUCUGAGCAUUCAACAUCAUCUGGGAAAAGCCUGUCAAUUCUUCUUCUUUUUAUUUUGGAAAACAGAUUCUGUUUACACCAACUUUGGAGUUUUGUAGUCCAUAGUGGUUCAUUAUUAAAACCUGUAGUAAUUCACUUACAAAAAUGUUCACAUAAUGUACUGCAGAUGGCAGUGUUGGAUUUAAAAUAGUCAGUGCUACUCAUUGGAGUUAAACUCUGACAGCCUAAGAAAUAUUAGACUCUGUUUUAAGGUAAUUGUCUCCCUUUUUGUGUAGCAUAGUAUUGGUAUUCACAUCUUAAUCUACAUAGGCAAUCUCUAUCUAAGAAAGAAUGCAUGAAUGAAUUUUCAUGGUGGUUUAGUUUCCAUAGGCAAAAAUUGGAGAAUUCAGGGGAUAUUUUGGAUUUUUGUUUGUAACUUUCGUUUUUGAUAUAUUUUUAAGAUUAACUUUGAGUGAAUGAUUUGUCAUUUAAUCUAAAUUGUCAAACCUAUAUAUAAAAGCCAAAAUGUCAUGCCAUUGAAAAACUGACCAUGCAAUGUUUUUGUACUUUCACAGACUUUAGUUAUCAAGGAAUUUAAAGAAAAAUAACAUAUUUAUCUUACAUGUAUACACAUUAGCAUGGGAUUUUUUUGAACAGGGCUGCAGGUUAUCUUUUGUUAUAUAUCUUAUUCUAUUUAAUGUAGAGCACAAGCUGCAAUACAGGUUUCUCAGUUACUGUGUGACAAUUAUGCAAUACAAUUCAGUUAUGAAAGAUGGUUCUGAUAUAACUUAAUUUUUUUUAAACCAUGUUUAAAAAAGGAAAGCUUAUGGAUAUAAAGAAAGAUUGUAUGUUUUAUUGCAGAGCAAUAUUUUUUUUUCUUUUUAUCUUAAUAAAAUACACACAACAAAAUGAACUUUUUAGUAUGGGCAGUGUUAUUUGAUUUGACAGUUCUGUGCCAAACCUACACCAGUGUACGUAUUUUGCUAUUUAAAACUGUACUUAAAAGAAUAAAUUAUUUGUGACUUAAAAA